AUGGGGAAUCUUUUUAAAUCCGGACGAUCUUCUGAAAUUGAGAACUUUGUUCAAGAACAAAUUAAGUCGGCUCAUGUUGUAAUGUUUGUCAAGAAAACAUGUCCUUAUUGCUCAGAUGCUAUAGAUAUCCUUCGCUCUCAGUACGGACCAAAUUUCACCGAAAAUGAUAUGCAUGUCAUUGAUAUUGCAAAGCGACCAGAUCAUGAGGCUAUUCAAGAUUAUUUGUGCAAAAUAACUGGGGCAAGAACCGUGCCUCGAAUUUUUAUUGGACAAACUAGUAUUGGUGGUUGCAGCGAUUUGGACAAAUUAAAAAAGACAGGUGCCCUUGCUGAACUACUUCAACAAAAGUAG